ACGCCGUCACUCACACUCGCGGGAUAGGCUCGAUUGUUGCAACGGCCACGGUAGCAAGAUACUCCGAGGUCUCUAUAUAUUCGCCCUGACGCGUCACUAAACUCAAAACCUCGUGUCUGGGGUCGUCAAAGUCGACAGCGCGGAUAUGAUGGCAGAUGGGCAGGCCGAGGAACCUCAGCGCGCAUCGGCAGAGGCGACGUCCACCGUUGCCGAGUCUGUACCACCAGAAGAAGCACAGAUGCUCUCGACAGUGAUCCGAGUCUUGUCGCAAACCAUGAACCAGAGCCUCGCGGAACUCGGCUACUUUCCCUCAUUAGGUGUCAUGGUACAGGAGCUGCGAAAGCAGAACCGUGAAUUUCACGAGGUGACGGUCAAGCUGCACUCGGAUAAUCACGUUUUGCACCGCGACAUAGAUCUCCGCGAGCAACACAUCCAGAAGCUUCAGGCGGAGCUGGACGCGUACAAACGCGAUUUCUUCAGGACGAACGAGUGGCUGAAGCAGAUCACAUCGGAGCGUGAUCACCUAUAUCGUAUAAUACAGAAUGGUGUGGCCAACGGACCACAGCACAUAUCAUCGCCAAUGGCGCCGCAACCGCCGCCCUUUGCCUCGGUUGGUCCUGCUUAUGCCAGUGACGCCCCAGAAAUCCACCCUUAUGGUCACCACCGAGUUCCUAUGAUGUAUGACGGCGCCCCAGGAGCUAGCCCAGAGCUGUCGUUCAAUAGGGUAC